AUGCAAUCUCCUCCUCCUCCACCACCACCACCAAAAAAGCAUAUAAAGAGUACUGGCUCCCAUUAUAACCAAAUAAUUCUUUAUGAUUUGGAAAAGAAGAAGAAUGGCAAGUACAAAGUAUUCAUUAAAGUCGAUUCUAUUGACUGGGGUUCUUAUGAAGUCAAGAAGAGCCAUAGAUUCACAAUUUGUGUUGGUCCAAAGCUAUCAUAUAUGCCAUAUGCUUAUGAAUUUAAGAAUGGGCAAUCUAUUCCACGUCAACAUUUGCUAUUGCUUUGUUCAAGAACAACCUUAUUAUGGACAAUGACACAUUUGGUUUUGCAAAGAUUAAGCUAUCUAAUUUCACAAAAGAUACAGUUUCUUCAGCCAUGUUUACACUUCAAUCAGAGAAAUUGA